UCAAGCGUGCCCGGCGAGCACACCAGCUCCCGGAGCCUAUCAGAGCUCCGGGCGAGGGGGCGGAGCCAGCGUUUAAACUAACUGUGCGCUCACAGGGCUGGCGCGGGCCCGCGUCGAACUCGAUCCGGAGGAAGCGGAGGCCGGCGGGAGCGCGCGGCCCGGUAACCGGCGCGGGCCGCGGCUGGCGUUCAGCCUCGGGGCCCCCAGGAAUGCCCAGGUCUGGAGGGGUUGCUGGAGAGGCGGGUGCGAGCAGAGGGCCCCUUUCGUAACGGAGUCUGGUGGAGGAGAAUCGAUCCGGGAGAGAGUGGAAGAGAGAGGGAAAGACAGAAAUAUCGAUGUGAGAGAAACGCAACGAUUGGUUGCUUCCUGCACAUGCCCAACCAAGGCCCAGGCUGGGUAGGAGCCUACAACCAAGGUGCAUUGGGGUGACGGUCUGGUAUCAUCAAGAUGACGCUCCAUGCCACCCGGGUGGCUGCACUCCUCUCUUGGGUGAAUGGUCUGCAUGUGGCUGACCCUGUGGAGGCCUUGCUGCAGCUGCAGGACUGCAGUGUCUUCAUCAAGAUCAUUGGCAGCAUCCACAGCACUGAGGAGGGUCAGCAAAUCGUGCAACAGCCAGUGCCAGAGAGACUGGACUUCGUGUGCAGUUUUCUGCAGAAAAACCGAAAACAUCCAUCUUCCCCGGAAUGCCUGGUGUCAGUGCAGAAGGUGAUGGAGGGGUCAGAGCUGGAACUGGCCAAGAUAACCAUGUUGCUCCUAUACCAGUCCACCAUGAGCUCCAAAAGUCUCAGGGACUGGGAACAGUUUGACUAUAAGAUUCAGGCUGAGUUAGCCGUCAUCCUCAAAUUUGUGCUAGACCAUGAAGAUGGAUUAAACCUGAAUGAGGACCUAGAGAACUUCUUGCAAAAAGCUCCUGUCCCUUCUAGCUCCAUCUCUGAAGAACUCUCUCCACCCAGCCACCAGGCCAGGAAGGAGGUUCGCUUUCUAGAGCUGCAGAAGGUUGCCUCUUCCAGUGGGAACAACUUCCUCUCAGGUUCUCCAGCCUCCCCCAUGGGUGACAUCCUGCAAACCCCACAAUUCCAGAUGAGACGGCUGAAGAAGCAGCUUGCGGAUGAGAGAAAUAAUAGAGAUGAGCUGGAGCUGGAGCUGGCUGAGAACCGCAAGCUCCUCACCGAGAGGGAUGCACAGAUAGCCAUGAUGCAGCAGCGCAUUGACCGCCUGGCUCUGCUGAACGAGAAGCAGGCGGCCAGUCCGCUGGAGCCCAAGGAGCUUGAGGAGCUCCGUGGCAGGAAUGAGAGCCUCACCAUGAGGCUCCAUGAAACUCUGAAGCAGUGCCAGGACCUGAAGACAGAGAAGAGCCAGAUGGACCGCAAAAUUAACCAGCUCUCUGAGGAGAAUGGGGACCUUUCCUUUAAGCUGCGCGAAUUUGCUAGUCACCUACAGCAGCUGCAGGGCGCCCUCAAUGACCUGACAGAGGAGCACAGCAAGGCCACUCAGGAGUCGGGGGAGAAGCAGGCCCAUCUGGAGAAGGAGCUCAGCACAGCCCUGCAGGACAAGAAAUGCCUUGAAGAAAAGAAUGAAAUCCUUCAGGGAAAACUUUCACAGCUGGAAGAACAUUUGGCCCGGCUACAGGAGAACCCACCCCAGGAGAAGGGUGAGGUGCUGGGUGACAUCUUGCAGCUGGAAACCCUGAAGCAAGAGGCAGCCACUCUUGCUGCAGACAACACCCAGCUCCAAACCAGGGUGGAGGCACUGGAGACUGAGCGGGGCCAGCAGGAAGCCAAGCUGCUUGCUGAGCGGGGCCACUUUGAAGAAGAAAAGCUGCAGCUGGCUGGCCUGAUUGCUGAGCUGCAGAGCUCUCUAUCCAACACCAGACAGGCCAAGGAAGAACUGGAGAAGGCCUCCCAGACUCAGGAGGCCCAGUUGUCUGCCCAGGUGGCCACACUGACCUCCGAGCUCACGACCCUCAAUGCUACUCUCCAGCAGCAGAAUCAAGAACUGGCUGGCCUGAAGCAGCAGGCCAAAAAGGAUCAGGCCCAGCUAGCCCAGACCCUCCAGCAGCAAGAACAGGCCUCCCAGGGCCUCCGCCACCAGGUGGAGCAGCUGAGCACCAGCCUGAAACAGAAGGAGCAGCAAUGGGAGGAGGCCACCAAGGAGCUGGAGGCCACCAGGCGAGACCACUCCCAGCAGCUGGCCGCUGCUGCUGCGGAGCGGGAGGCCUCCUUAAGGGAGAAGGACUCAGUCCUCCAGCAAGUAGAGGCACUGAAGAAGGAGAAGGCUGCCAAGCUAGAGGUGCUGCAGCAGCAACUUCAGGCUGCUAAUGAAGCCCGGGACAGCGCCCAGACCUCAGUGACACAGGCCCAGCGGGAGAAAGCAGAGCUGAGCCAAAAGGUGGAGGAGCUCCAGGCCUGUAUUGAGGCGGCCCGCCAGGAGCAGUGUGAGACCCAGGCCCAGGUGGCAGAACUGAAGGCCCAGCUGAGGUCUGAGCAGCAAAAAGCAACUGAAAGAGAAAAGGUAGCUCAGGAGAAGAAUCAGCUCCAGGAGCAGGUGCGGGCCCUUGAGGAGUCCUUGAUGGUCACCAAGGGCGGCCUUGAAGAGGAGAAGCGCAGGGCUGCAGGUGCCCUGGAAGAGCAGCAGUGUUGUAUCGCCAAGCUAGAGGCAGAGACCCAAAGCCUGGUGGAACAACAUAAGCAGGAACAGAAGGAGCUAGAAGAAGAGAAGGCUGGACGCAAGGAGCUGGAGGCUCGAUUACAGCAGCUUGGGGAGGCCCAUCAGGCUGUGGCGGAAGCCCUGCGGCGGGAGCUGGCAGAGGCCGUAGCCUCCCAGCGUGAGGCUGAGAGUGAAUGUAAGCAGCUUGCCAAGGAGGUGGCCACAUGGCGUGAGCGGUAUGAGGAGAGCCAGCAAGAGGAGGCCCAGUAUGGUGCCAUGUUCCAGGAACAGCUCAUGACCCUGAAGGAGGAAUGUGAGAAGGCCCGCCAGGAGCUGCAGGAGGCAAAGGAAAAGGUGGCAGGGAUAGAGGCUCACAGUGAGCUCCAGAUAGGCCGGCAGCAGAGUGAGCUUGCCCAGCUCCAUGCCAGCCUGGCCAGAGCCCACCAGCAGGUCCAGGAGAAGGAGAUCAGGGCCCAGAAACUUGCAGAUGACCUCUCCACUCUGCAGGAGAAGAUGGCUGCCACCAGCAAGGAGGUGGCCCGCCUGGAGGCCUUAGUGCGCAAGGCAGGUGAGCAUAAGGAAACAACUUCCUCUGAGCUACUCAAGGAUCCCCCAGGGGCAGGAGACAGAGAAUCAGAGUGGCUGGAAGAGCAGCCGGGGCGUCGGUUCUGCAGCACACAGGCUGCACUGCAGGCUAUGGAGCGUGAGGCAGAGCAAAUGGGAAGUGAGCUGGAGAGGCUGCGGGCUGCGCUAAUGGAGAGCCAGGGACAACAGGAGGAGGAGCGUGGGGAGCAGGAGCGGGAGUUGGCCCGGCUAGCCCAGGAACGGGGCCGAGCCCAAGCCGAUCUUGUCCUGGAGAAGGCUGCCAAGGCAGAGCUUGAGAUGCGGUUGCAGAAUGCCCUCAAUGAGCAGCGUGUGGAGUUUGCUACCUUGCAGGAGGCACUGGCCCAUGCCCUGAAGGAAAAGGAGGGGAAGGACCAGGAGCUGGCCAAGCUUCGUGGGCAGGAGGCAGCCCAGAGAACAGAACUGGGGGAGCUUCAGCAAACCGUGGAGCAACUAAAGAAACAGCUGGCCAAGAUGGAGGGGGAGCACCAGCAGUCUCUAGGGACAGCCAGCGGAGAAGACACUUGUGGGUCAGGAGCCCAGUCUGAGGCUUUAGGAAAGACCAAACGAAGAGGCCCUGACCCGGAGGCUCUGCAGGCGGAGGUGAGCAAGCUGGAGCAGCAGUGCCGUGAGCAUCAGGAGAAGGCCUCCAGCCUGGAGCGUAGCCUAGCGUCUGCACGCGCCUCCCAGGCAGAGCGGGCCACCACUCUGGAGACUUUGCGGGGCCAGUUAGAGGAGAAGGCCCGGGAGCUGGGGCGCACUCAGGACACCUUAGCCUCAGCACAAAGGGAGCUGGCCACCCUUCGCACGAAGGCCCAAGACCACAGCAAGGCUGAGGAUGAGUGGAAGGCCCAGAUGACCCGGGGCCAGCAGGAGGCUGAGAGAAAAAACAGUCUCAUCAGCAGCUUGGAGGAGGAGGUGUCUAUCUUGAACCGCCAGGUCCUGGAGAAGGAGGGUGAGAGCAAGGAGUUGAAGCGGCUUGUUGUCGCUGAGUCAGAGAAGAGCCAGAAGCUGGAAGAGAGGCUGCGCCUGCUUCAGGUAGAGACAGCCAGCAACAGUGCCAGAGCUGCGGAACGCAGCUCUGCUCUGCGAGAUGAGGUCCAGACUCUCCGGGAGGAGGCGGAGAAACAACGGGUGGCCUCAGAGAGCCUUCGCCAGGAGCUGGCCUCACAAGCAGAGCGAGCAGAGGAGCUGGGCCAAGAAUUAAAGGCAUGGCAGGAGAAAUUCUUCCAGAAGGAGCAAGCCCUCUCUGCCCUGCAGCUAGAGCACACCAGCACACAGGCCCUGGUGAGUGAGCUGCUGCCCGCCAAGCACCUGUGCCAGCAGCUGCAGGCUGAGCAGGCAGCUGCUGAGAAACGCCAUCGUGAGGAGCUGGAGCAAAGCAAGCAGGCAGCUGGUGGGCUUCGGGCAGAGCUGAUGCGAGCCCAGCGGGAGCUCGGGGAACUGAUGCCCCUACGACAGAAGGUGGCAGAGCAAGAGCGAGCAGCCCAGCAGCUGCGGGCAGAGAAGGCCAACUAUGCAGAGCAGCUGAGCAUGCUGAAGGAGGCUCAUGGCCUGCUGGCAGAGGAGAAUCGGGGGCUGGGAGAGAAGGCCAAUCUCGGCCGGCAGUUUCUGGAAGUGGAGCUGGACCAGGCCCGGGAGAAAUAUGACCAAGAGCUGGCAGCUGUGCGUGCUGAUGCCGAGGCCCAUCUGGCUGAGAUGCAGCGGGAAGUACAGAGCACUGCCCGGGAGCUGGAGGUGAUGACUUCCAAGUAUGAGGGUGCCAAGGUCAAGGUCCUGGAGGAGAGACAGCGGUUCCAGGAAGAGAGACAGAAACUCACUGCCCAGGUGGAACAGCUAGAGGUAUUUCAGAGAGAGCAAACUAAGCAGGUGGAAGAACUGAGUAAGAAGCUAGCUGACCACGACCAAGCCAGCAGAGUGCAGCAGCAGAAGCUGAAGGCACAGGGAGGGGAAAGCCAGCAAGAAGCCCAACGCCUCCAGGCCCAGCUGAAUGAGCUGCAGACCCAGCUGAGCCAGAAGGAGCAGGCAGCUGACCACUACAAGCUGCAGAUGGAGAAAGCCAAGACCCAUUAUGAUGCCAAGAAGCAGCAGAACCAAGAAUUGCAGGAGCAGCUGCGGGGCCUGGAGCAGCUGCAGAAGGAAAACAAGGAACUGAGAGCCGAAGCUGAGCGGCUGGGUCAGGAGCUACAGCAGGCUGGGUUGAAGACUAAGGAGACUGAACAGACCUGCCGCCACCUUACUGCCCAGGUGCGCAGCCUGGAGGCACAGGUUGCCCAUGCUGACCAGCAGCUUCGAGACCUGGGCAAGUUUCAGGUGGCCACUGACGCCUUAAAGAGCCGGGAGCCCCAGGCUAAGGCUCAGCUGGACUUGAGUAUUGACAGCCUGGAUCUGAGCUGCGAGGGAACCCCACUCACUACCACCAGCAAGCUGCCUCGUACCCAGCCAGAUGGCACCAGCAUCCCAGGGGAGCCAGCUUCACCCAUCUCUCAGCGCCUGCCCCCCAAGGUAGAAUCCCUGGAAAGUCUCUACUUCACCCCCAUCCCAGCUCGGGGUCAGCCACCCCUGGAGGGAAGCCUGGACUCCCUGGGGGACAUCUUCCCGGAAUCAGGCCGGAAGACCCGUUCUGCUCGUCGACGGACUACACAAAUCAUCAACAUCACCAUGACCAAGAAGUCAGAUGUGGAAGAGCCAGACAGCGCCAACUCAUCCUUCUAUAGCACACAGUCCGCCCCUGUCUCCCAGGCCGGCCCGAGAGCCACCUCCUCCACCCAGUCUCUAGCUCGCCUGGGCUCUCCUGAUGAUGGCAACUCAGCUCUGCUCAGCCUGCCUGGAUAUCGGCCCACCACUCGCAGCUCUGCUCGCCGCUCCCAGGCUGGGGUGUCCAGUGGGGCCCCUCCAGCCCCACUUGCUCCAAUAUCCCUGCCCUCCCCAGGAAGGAACAGCUUCUACAUGGGCACUUGCCAGGAUGAGCCCGAGCAGCUGGAUGACUGGAACCGCAUUGCAGAGCUGCAGCAGCGCAAUCGAGUCUGCCCCCCGCACCUGAAGACCUGCUAUCCACUUGAGUCCAGGCCUGGGUCCAUUGACCACUUCCACCCCAUGCAGCCUUCCCUGAGCCUGGCGACCAUCACAGAUGAAGAGAUGAAAACUGGUGACCCCCAGGAGACCCUGCGCCGAGCCAGCAUGCAGCCAACCCAGAUAGCUGAGGGCACUGGCAUCACCACCCGGCAGCGCAAACGGGUCUCCUCGGAGCCCCACCAGGGCCCUGGCACCCCUGAGUCUAAGAAGCCCACCAGCUGUUUCCCACGACCCAUGACUCCCCGGGACCGACAUGAAGGGCGCAAACAGAGCACUACGGAGGCCCAGAAGAAAGCAGCUCCCGCUGUUGUUAAACAGGCUGAUCGCCGCCAGUCCAUGACCUUCAGCAUCCUCAACACGCCCAAGAAGCUUGGGAAUAGCCUUCUGCGCAGGGGGGCCUCAAAGAAAGCCCUGCCCAAGGCCUCUCCCAACACCAGCAGUGGAACCCGUCGCUCUCCUCGCAUUGCCACCACCACAGCCAGCGCUGCCACUGCUGCCGCCAUCGUUGCCGCCACAUCUCGGGCCAAGGGCAAGGCAAAGCACUAAAGGACCAGUACCAGUGAGUGGCCCCACCUGUGUCCCUGAUGCUGCCCUUGCCUGAUGCUGUCCCCUCAGUGCCUUCUCUCAGCUUUCAGGCCAACAGUGGCCAAACCCCUAGAGACAGUGAUGCCUGACACACCUCGGCCUGGUACCUGGACCUUGAUCAGAGCCUUCACUAGGAGAACAGAUGUGUCGUCAGAAUUGGCCUGGAACCCGAACAGUCUGGGUCCUCUCCCUACCUUGCCUCCUGUUUUCACAAAGUCACUUCUCCAUGACAACGAGAUUUGAGGCUGGCUUUGAGGACUGGGUCCUUGGGCCCAGCCAGUCCUCCUCAGCCUCUGUAUUUAGAAGGGACCAUUGGAGGAGCAGCCCUGGUCCCUGCUGUUGCUGGUGGCUAGGCUUACCAAGGGCCCUUGUUAAAGUCUAUGGUUGGGCAUUGACCUAGUAGGAGCGCCUGGGGAUAAGGUGCUCCCAUCCAUCCAAGGGCAGUUACCCAGAGGAUGCUCUUUUCCAUGACCGCCAGGCUUGCUGGGGUGGGGAAGGGUGGGGACAGCUCAUCCCCCACCUUCUCUAGACUUGUACUGGGGUGGGAUUUGGAUUGAUGGGAAGGUUUUUAAGGGCCAGGGAUGGAUCUUUUCUAAAUGUUAUUACUUGUAAAUAAAGUCUAUUUUUCUCCCUUG